CGAUAAACGACAGAAUGGAAACGUACCCGAUAUCUUCCAUUUAGAGCCUGGAAAGCUGAAUCUUAUAGCCUUGCGCUUGAUGGAGAAGGCGAAGGAGUUUCUGAAACUAAGCGAAGAAGAAUCGGCGAGCGUCUCGCAACUCAAAAUCCACCCACACCGACCUGGCCUCGAUUGCAGCUUCUACGAAGAUUUUGCCUUAAGAGGUAUACGAGUCGACCGGGUCGAGCCCGGAAUCGUCUCUUGUACUUUCAAGGUCCCUUCUCGCCUCACCGACAGAAGCGGGAAAUUAGCUACGGGUGCAAUAGCGAAUCUGGUAGAUGAAGUCGGUGGUGCUGUGGUGUAUGUUGAGGGUCUCCCCAUGAAUGUCUCGGUGGAUAUGUCUAUUUCUUUUCUGUCCAGUGCAAGCCUCAAUGAUGAGUUAGAGAUCACUUCAAAGGUUUUGGGACGAAAGGGAGGAUAUGCUGGAACAAUUGUACUUGUGAAAAACAAAGCAACAGGGGAGUUGAUAGCUGAAGGUCGGCAUUCAUUGUUUGGUAAACAUGUUAGCAAAAUGUGAUUAAAUUUCACAUAGGUGUAUCACUCAACUUGUUUUACUUUUAUAUUAUCCUUCAGACAACAUGGGCAUGUGAUGAUAAAACUCUCGUUUUUUUUGUAACUAUUAAUAAUUAUACUAUAUGCUAUUGGGGGGAAAAAGAUUCAGGGUUUUGGAAUGUCA